AUGGCCAUCUCUGUCCCCAACUCCUGUAGCCCGACGCGGCUGGCUUUUCUGGACGACAAAGGUGGAAAUCCGCCAAAGCAGAGCAUGUGGCACCGGUUGGGUUUGCGAAAGUUAUGGCAGGGCCGCGAUGAUCAUCGAGACACGUCUGCCGGGGAGAGUCAAGACGAGAUUUCUCCCCGCCCUUCGUCUGACAACUCCCGCACCAAGCAAGGCAAUUUGACACGUCGAAUUUCGCGAAAGGUUGGUGUCGGUCUACCGCGAACCACGCCCUUUAAGCGACAAAGUUCCGAUCUCGAGCGACUAGCACCUCGGGAACCUGAUCACCGCCGUGCCCUCUCCGCCGACCGCCGCCCCUUGAGUUCCCAGCGAAGCAGGUCCCCACCGCCAACCGUGGGCCCCAGACAAUCCGCGCCCGAGGUUCAGUGGCUCGGCCCGACACCCACAACCCCGGUCGAUGAUGCCCCUGAACCAGAAUCUGAAAACGAUGCCCAGAUUAACGAUAUCUCCGAAACUUCGGAUCCCGAAGUGACGGAUAAUUUCGCACCGGAAGAGGAAGAGGAGGAUAAUCAAACAAUUGAUCUGGAUAUGGAGCUGGAACAACGGUGGAUUUUGAACCUGAGCAUGCAUUUCCGAGAUGGGUCAGAGAGGGAAAAAUUCUUUGUGACGUACGCGGAGACCCCGAAUAGAUGGCGCCGAGUCACGAUUUCCUGCGAUUAUCGCGAUGCACCGCCCUAUUCACUGGAGCGGGAACUAAAGGAACUGCGAUACCAACGCGACAAGUGUGCGCGGAUCUACGAAUCUAUUCGCGAGUCCCUUCUUGCGAUCCAAUUCUAUGAAGGUGUCACGAAUCUCAGGCUCGAGACGAGCGAUGACCGCUUACACGUUCAUGUUACGGAGGACGUGAACGAAACAAUCCCGUACCCGCCCAUCUCUAGUGUCAGGCAUUUGGUCAACGCUCCUAUGAUCCCGGAAGACUCGUUACACUUCGAAUCUCAUUUAUCCGGUUUUGUUUACAAGAUAAACCUGGACGGACGUUUUUAUAUCAAGAAGGAAAUACCGGGCCCAGAUACCGUGGACGAGUUCCUCUACGAGAUUAACGCUUUGCAUGCGCUGAAAGACCGCCCAAGUGUUAUCCAGGUGGAAGGAAUCGUGAUCGAUGAGUGGCGAGGCGUCGUCAAGGGUUUGCUAAUUAGCUAUGCAGAAAAGGGUGCACUGGUUGACAUUUUGUAUGAGCAACGUGGGAGAACGAGCUUUGCCCGACGCGAGCGAUGGGCAAAGCAGAUUGUCCAGGGCCUCUGCGAGAUUCACGAGUCAGGCUACGUACAGGGCGAUUUCACACUCGCGAACAUUGUGGUAGAUGCAGAUGACAAUGCGAAAAUCAUUGACAUCAACCGCAGGGGAUGCCCAGUAGGAUGGGAGCCUCCGGAAAUUGCCGCUAAGAUUGAGAGCAACCAGCGCAUCUCCAUGUAUAUUGGUGUCAAAACUGAUCUCUUCCAAUUGGGCAUGACGCUGUGGGCAUUGGCGAUGGAGGAGGACGAACCCGAACGACAACCGCGACCUCUUCGACUAGGUGAUGACGCGAAGAUUCCAGACUAUUACCGACGGAUAGUGGAUAUAUGUUUAAGUCCGACUCCGCGACAUAGACUCUCUGCAAAGGAGCUUCUCUCUUUAUUCCCCCCACUGCCGGAAGCACGGGUACCAACACCUGUUCGGCUAUUGGAGACCAUUGCCAACGAUUCCAGGCCCUCGCAAACUCGGAGCAACUGGGCUCAGACUCAGUCUGGGCUUGGACUGACAUCGACAGGCGGCAUGAUACAGCAAGACGACCAUUAUUACCCCCAAAAGGAGUUUUCCGAAAAUUCUUAUGGUGAUAUGCAGCACCCCAUCUUCUCUGAAAAUCACGACCUUGUCAAGCGAUCAACAAUAACCCUCUCAGAAUCGAAAGGAGACAUGGGAUUCUCAUCUAAGCCAUCUUCUUCCUCUACAUUGAAUCACCACGAACCUCACAGCCAUGAUGAGUACGUGGACUUAUCCCGCAAUUUCAAUUAUGGCUCAUCAAUCUACCUACCCUCCAACAGCCAGAACCUAGAAGCUACUCCAGUUUCGCAGACAAGGUCAGCGGGCAAUGGUUUCCACAGUCACCCAUUGAAACCAUCAGCCUUCCCAGACGAGCCUGCCUAUCUUGAAAGCGACCCUGGGAACAAUCAGCAAGAGACACCAGAUGAGCUAACCCCUAAUGAUCCCGGAAGUGUGCUUGGCUCUGCAAUCACCGCCCCUCCGCUCCGGUCCCCAGUCAGUGCAUCUCUUAUUGAGUCGCAGAAACAGGAGUCUCUGAAUCGACCAAGUCCGAAGGCCGCCAAUGACGAGGGCGACCUUGAAACCUCAAUUUUGCCCAUCAACCCUACUGUGCGAGACUCCAGUAUAUCAAGCGGCACUCAAGCCAUCCCCUUUCCGACAGUCCCAUCCUCAAUCAAGCAUGUAAACCAGGACGGCCGGGAUCAGCCAAGUCCAAAGGCCACCAAUGACAGGGAUGACCUUGAAUCGUCCAUUUUGCCUCUCAGCCCUACUUUCCGUGACUCUGGCAGCUGUGUUAGCCUUCAAUGCGCCCCUUCCUCAGUGAAAGAUUCUCCCAUUGAGUCACCAAAGCAUGACUUGGCGGAUUUACCAUCCGCAAAAGUCAAAGACAACCCUAAAUCCACUCAGCUAUCGUCCUCCCUUCUAUCUCUCUCGGAACUACCCAUCAACCCUACUUUCUGUUCUUCUGGAACUUCCACCGACGCUUUGGCUACCACCUCAUCGCCGAAAUCUUUGCCUGUUAAACCGUCAAGGCAGGAUAACCCGGAUCAACCACAUACAAAGCCUACCACCUAUAUCAAGCCCAUACCCACAACACCACCAGCCUCGAGAUCUUCACAGCCUCUCCCGGCAUCGCCUAUCAAUCCUACCCUGGCUCGCUCUGACUCUUCGGUCGAGGUUCCGAGCACUCGUCUAUCAUCUUCUCCUGUCGAGCCGCCAAAGCAGAUUCCUGCGAUUUCGCCUCGCGCAAACCCCGAUAUCAACCCCGAAUUUACAGAACCGGCGGCCCCGACGUCAAUUCUUACCCAUUCGGAAUUACCUAUCAGCCCAGCCUUCCGUUCCUCCGAGACUUCUAUCGACACUUCAAGUGGGCCCUCGUCACAUGUUCCUUCUCCUAUUGAACCGCCAGAGCCGGGUCAUGCGAUUGUGCCACGCGAGAACGAUACCACACCCAAAUCACCGUCAGCACCAUCUCGAUUUUCUUCAAUACACUUUUCGAGCCUCCGUCACACUGGGGCUUCCAUUGGCUCGAUGGCUACACCGUUCGCAACAAGUCCAUCUGUCGUCGGGAUUGGACUGCUAAGGCGGCCAUGGGACAAACCAUCUGGAAAUGAUCCAGAUGCCAAGCCCGCAUCGGUAACGCCGUCAGGGUCAACCUCAUCGCUUGGGAGUCCUAUGACUCUAAACAAGCCAGACAGCGCUAUUUCGCCAGCCAAAACAUAUCCCGUCGGACCACAGAGGCAUGAGCCUUUGGGCCAAUCCAGCUCAAAGACAACCGAUAUCAAUCCUGCCCGAACAAAUACAUCGAACUCCAACCCCAAUUUGCUUGGUUCGAAAUUGCCCAUCAGCCCUGCUCAUCCAAAUUCAAAGCCAAAUUCUACUUAUGCCGAGGUCGAGAUGACAUGCGCUAUUCAGGGCCCACCUUCAAGCCAGGCCAAAUCGAGCAUUUCGAGCCAGGCACGUCUUUCCUCGAAUCGAAUCUAG